AUGGCAAAUGACAACGCUCCAGAUCCCAUGCCUCGGGCCAGAAAGCGGCUCACAGGCAGCGACGAGCCUUUGCCCGUUGCGCCUCCGGCACAACUGCAUCCUCUCAUUGCGGACUCUCAAGCUGCGCGUAACAUACCUAGUACACAUGCCAGAACCCAGCCCAAUAAGCCGCUCGCCGCCAGACGAGCCAAAGGCAAUAGCAAAGUUCGAGUUACACAUCCACCACGCAGAUACAGCCCCACUGCAUUCAGCAUUCCCAACUUGGCCUAUGCAACCGGUCUGAGUACACGGAGGUUGCCGCUACGGAACGAGGCGGAAGCAGGUCCUUCGCGUUUUCACAAUGCUACACGCGCGGGAGGAGGCCCUUCACACAGGGUCAAUGCUAUCCACACAGGUAAUAACCUGCAAUCCACCAACGUUGCAACGAAGGAGACGUCCAAAUUUGUGGGCUUAUCCACAGUGGGCACGGUAACGCCAAACCCCGGAUUUGCGGUUGUCGACAAUCAGUUGUUGCAAUUGCCGCACGAAAUCCUUACAAAUUUCGCUGGGUUGAAGCCAGGCACCAGAAUCAAACUUGAUCUGCAUGCGGGCUCGCAGCGAAUGGGAAGGCCUACUUGGCCCAUCGAGUCGAUAGAGAUGAAAUCCAGGACGUCCAACACGAGCAGCUGUCGCUGCGCCUGCGUCAAAUAUGGCAUCUUUUCGAGGAUCGAGACCAGGAGUCUCAUCACACUUGGCUUGCCGAUUUUUCCUGGAGUUACUGGAGUAGUAACAUACUGGAGCGUGCGCACCGACCGUAAAAACAUUGAAGACAUGAAAGCGGACUGGGAGGCGACGGGACAGAUCUGGCUGGGAGAUGUCCGUGCGAUGCAGGCAUUGGAACUUGGAGACGCGAGAGCAAGGCUACGGACUGCUAGAGUAAAUCGCUGGUGGGCCUAG